AUGGAUGGAGAGAAAGAAGGGGAGAAAGAAGAGACAGACGAAAGAGACAAAACUGUUCCAAUAAGAAGAAGAAGAGGUAGACCACCAGGAAGUAGGAACAAGAAGACUUUGGAGGCAGAGGAACGAGGGAAGAAAAGAGGCAGAAAUGGAUCGGAUGAUAGCGAUGCAGAAAAGUCACACGAAGAAGGAGCCACUCCAAAAACAAGCAGGCAGUACCAGAGGAAAGUUCCUAAAGUAUCAACUGAUGAUACGGAGGAUUCAAAUAAGGAAGAGGACUCACAGAAGAACACAUGGAGACAGGAAAUAGAAGAGAAGGGUUGCUGUGUCUGUCCGAAGUGUGGUUGUAGCAGGAAAACUGAGUCAGGAAUGUGGAACCACUUCAACAAGUGCGAUGGCAAGACAGGUCACGGCUGUACCCAGUGUGAAGCCAGAUUUGGCACUCUCUCAGGUCUGAAGUACCAUCUCAUGACGGUUCACACUGCCUCUCCUGGUCAGGAUAGCGGAAUGGAUGAGAAAACCAGACUAAAAUACAUUCUGAAGAAGGUGGGAAAAUUACAGUGCAAGAAUGAGGGUUGUUCCUCCAGCUAUACCACCCUCCAUGGGUAUGAGUACCACGUCCAGCGCUGUGGGAAGUCGUCAGAAGAGCGAGAGACCUUCCCAUGUGACCAAUGUGACAAGAUCUACCGCAGCAUUGUGGGACUGCGGCUGCACGUGCGCUCCAUCCACGCUCCCAGCCCGGAACCUGAGACCGCUGCCGAGGGAACGGACAGCCCUGCAGGGGAUUCUGGGAAAGGUGCGGAGACACCUGGGAGGUCAAAACGACAAGCCGCAACCAAAGCCCUUCAGCAUCUGCAAGAGUUGGUGAUUGAGGGAGAGGUAAAAGAGACGAAGCAGCGACAGAAAGAGAUCAGUGUGAAGCACCUGUACUCUACUCCCAAACUGGACAUCACACCUGAGCAGACACAACAGUGGACCAGGGACAUUAAGGAUGUUGGCAGUAUUGCGUGUCCUUAUGAAGGCUGCACCAAAUCCUACUGCAGUCUGAUCGGACUGAAGGGACAUAUAUCUCAGUGUGAACAGAGACCAGAAGGCAUCGGAGGUACCUUUAAGUGCCUGAACUGUACGCGUGAGUUUCGGACAGCGUCAGGAGUAGAGUACCACAUCAGGAAGAUCCACAAC